ACUGCGAGGAGAUUCAGUCGCGUAUAGCCGGCCAGUCUACACGCAGUGUUUUUUACGUCUCUUUACAUCCAACACCGGCUAAAAAAUAUCAAACGCGUUAAAUUACCGCAUUAAUUAUUAAUUUAAUAAUCGUAUUAAUUCGUCGAUAAAUUAUUUAUUUAUUUAAAACAGUAGAGUAUUUUUAAUUUAUCCAAGUUACCAGUGUUUAAAAAAUUUUUUUAGUGAUUUACUAAAACUAUACAUCAAUAAAUUUUAUUUAUUUAUUUAUUAUAAAUAAAUAAAUAUAUAAAAUAUGAAGAGUAUUGUAGAAAAACCAUUGUCAUGGUUCACCAUACUUUUGGCGGCAUUUUAUUCCCUACUUGCAAGUUGUCGGGGACAUGAAUGUGGCCAAGAAAAUCUUAUAAAGUGCGCGAGGCCACUUGGAAAAAUUACAGAUAACAACAAUCUGGGAUUUGUCACUACGAAAAAUGAACUGCAAGCACUUUGUCCAGAUUUACAAUCGAGUAUGAAGUGCAUAAACUCGUACACCAAGAACUGCAUGCCCGAUGAACAGAGACAAAAUUUCUAUUCUCUUUAUCAGGGUGUUAAUAUUGCGAUCAAAGAACUGUGUCAAGAAGGAAGUUAUCAAGACGCUUUUUUAAAACACGCCCCUUGUAUGCAGAAGGUUCAGACCGAUUAUGAAUUAUGUUCUAAGAGAUACCAACAGUCAGUAAUUGAAUUGGAGUCCAAGAAUAAGACAAAGUCUUCAGAAAAUAUCAAGUCUGUGUGUUGCGCAUUUCGUGAAUUUUUGGAAUGUUCACACCACACAGUGCGACGGAAGUGUGGCGAAGAGACAGCCGAAUUCACCAAAGACUUUCUUGACCGAAUGUCGGAUUCUUUAAUAAAGGUGCACUGUUCUCCUUACACCCAAAGUGAGUGCAUUGUUUCGGGGACAGCUAGCAGCAAGGUAGGAAUAAUAAUGCAAUUGACAAUAGUACUUGUCCUAGCAGCUCAAUAUUUAUUCACGUAAAGGUAUCAGUCCAUCACUUCUUCUAAUCGUGUUGUGACGGAAGCAUAAAAGUGCCUUUGCUUUCCGUUGUUUCUGUGUACGUCAGACGAAAAAAAGAGAUAUAUCUACUCAUAUAUAGAUAUAAACUACGCACACUAUUCGCCAUUAAACAAAAUUAUAACACUAUUAAAGGACGUCAUUCUCAAUAAAAUAAACGUUACGAAACAACGGUUUUGUGACUGCAUAGUUAAUGAAGAUUGAAUGACUGAGCAUAAUAUAUCUAUAUAUAUACCAUCAAACUAAAAAAAAAGUUUUAAGAUGUAAUAAAAUAAAAGCGAGACAGAUGAACGAUAAACUUGUGAAUAAUUCAAAGUAAUCACAACUAACUUUAUUCUCGUAAGCAAACAAUUGAAAUGAUGUUCACUUGUCUGCCGUUAGUUGAAGCUGUUAUAUGACUUGUACAUACUUUAAAAUAAUGAUAAUGAUAAUAUAAAUAAUUUUUAUUAUUAUAAUAUAAAUUAUAAUAAUUAAAAAUAAAUAUUCAUCGCGAUCGACUUAACUAUUAACUUAUUCAUAAUAUGUGUUCACAAACUUUGCUUUUUAAUUCACUCGAUGUUCACUUCAUUUAUAUUUAAUUUUAAAAUAAAAAAAAAAAAAAACAUAUUCUCUAGACAUUAUAGAUGUACAUAUAUAUACAUACACUUAAAGUAUAAAGAGGAAAAAUUUCCUCGACUUUAUUCAUAUCCGUCGAGUUAAAAGUUUUGUCAUACAUUUUAUGUGCUACGAUAAUUAUUAUUAAUUUUAAGUUAUUUUUUUGCAUUUCAAAAUAAUUUAUAGUACUUGUAGAAUGGUAUCAUUUAAAGAAAUUGACUACUUGUCAUUAUUAAGUGUUGUCGAGAAAAAUAUUUAGCUUUUUACUUUUCUUAGCUUCAUUGUUCUUCAUAAAAAUUCCGUUUGUAUUUAAAUCUUAGAGGUUUUUUCUAUUUAUAUAAGAGUUUAUUUGAGACAGUAGUGAAUGAGUUGUUUGUUUUAAGAAGCUCGAGACUUUUACUUUUUAUUUACUCCUUUUAUAAUUUGGCUUUUUACAAAUGAGCAAAUGAUUCUCGCCAAAAUAUAAGUAAUGAUAUUAAUUACUUUUUUAUUUUAUUAAUUUCGAAUUGUUUUUUUUUUCUAAUAUCUGAGCACGGAGAGAAAUUUAUGGUAACAAUUACAAUAUAUUAGGGAAUGAUUUCCAUAACGUAUGGUAACCGAUUUUUUUAAAAUAUCGAUUAUACGAACGGUACUCAUCCAAAUUAUAGUACCUACUAGGGUGGGUUGAAAGAAAACUUUUUUUUUGUUUUUCUUAGCAUGGGGGUAGAAUUUGUACCUUAUAAAAAAAAAGAUUUUUUCAAGAAAAAAAAAUUUGUUACUCAACAUUUCGAGGUAGCCCACUCGUUUUUAAAAUAAAUAAUUGAUCAAACGGGGUAGUUCCAACGAGAAAAAUUUUUUUUUGUCAAAAAUCGUGGAAAUCAUCUAAUAAUUGUCCAAUGUGAUUUUUUUUUACUCCACUUUCAUUUUAAUUCAAAAGAAAAUGCUUUUCAUUUUUUGAUUUUUUACUUGAUACUCGUAUUGUAACGAGUCCCAGAAGUAUGGGGUUCUAUACUAUACUGUAUGGUACUGGAGCUAUUGUAUUGCUCACACAUAUGUAUAGUAGGCACGGCGAAACAGCAUGGCCCUGAGACCCACACAGUAAAAAAUAUUGUGUACAAUUCGUGUGUUAAAAACGGUUAACACGAAAUAUGUGUUGAAAUUUCGACACAAACUUUGUGUAACCCCUUUUUAACACAAAGAUUAUGUUGAAAUAUCACCACAAGAGGGCGCAAAGAAUUCGACAGUGACACACAAAAUGUGUUAAUAAAGAGUUUAUAACAAAUUUUUUAUGUUACAAAAUAAAGUGACACAAACUUUGUGUUAGUUUAACACACUACAAUUUUUAACACAAACCGUUUUCGACACAAAUACACAAUAUUUUUUACUGUGCAUACUACAAUGCCGAGGGCACAAUGCUACUAGUUUUUCCCGCCAUAAUUUCUGGCGUGUCAAUUAAUGUAUACUAUCGUAUUACCACCAAAACUAUAUAGAUGUCGUUAGACUAGAUUUAUCGGCCAAAAGCAUUGUGGAUACGGCAGCGCAGCAUGGGCCUGACGGCCAAACUGACAUUGCGGCGUCCGCGACAACUAUUGCCAAUGUUACUAUUCCCGCAAUGGUUGAAUCAUCUAUGCAUAUAAUUUUAUAACCUAUAAAAAUCUUCGAUACCAUACAGUAUGGCGUUCACGCCCAUACUGGCAUAGUGAUAUCCGCAAAAUAUUUCUUACCGUGUACUAGGAAUAUUUACCAUAAUUUUCUCUCUGUGAAGAUAGAUAGAAUUAACCGACAUCCUGUGUAAUAUAUUUAUCGGGGGAAUAUAAAAAAUAAAAUUUAGGGAGAAUUAAACGAGUAGAGGAAAGACAAAAAAGUGAUUGAUUAUUGAUAAUAUUUUUUUUAUCGAGUUAAUUUAAAAGUAAAAAAAGUUUAUUGUUUAAAUAGUCAAGUUUUUAUUUGUUUUAAAUAAGUGAAUAUUAUUUUUUAUAAGACUAUAAAAGACUUGAUUAAGAAAAACUAUGCACAGAUAUUUAUCUGAUUGUUAAUAAAAAUUACCGUAUAUAUAUUAUUGUAAUAAGUAAGUAGAAAAAUUAUGUAGCUUUGGGCUACUGAAAUAAUUAAAUUUUGCCUAUUAGGCAUAAAAAAAAAUAUUGAGUAUUAUAUUGUGUAAAAUAUACGUAUACUAUUUAUAAAUAUAUGUUUAUUUAAUUAUUUGUAAUAUAUGGUUAUUUACCGUUUACUUUAAACAACAUCGAUGUAAAAUUUUAAGAUAAAUUGCGAGAUGAAAGUUUCCGUGUGAAAAAAAAGGUAAAAAAAAAUUCCAAUAGUCGGACUUCGAAAUUUAAGACAAAUUCUAAAUUUAGUCGAAAUUUUUAGAAAUUUCGUACUGGAGAAGUAUCGAAAAAUUUCUGAAAAACUGAAAAUUUCGACUAUUUGUCCAAGCGGAAUCCAAGUUUUUUCUGGAAAUUUGAAAAUUUCGAACUUUUUUCGAACUUCCAUUCAAUUAGUGAUACUACGAAAGUUCGUAAAAUAAAAAAUUUCAACCGUUUCUAAUUUUCGAAACUGAUUUUUUUCUAUUCGAGAGAAGUUCCGAAAAUUCGAAAAUUUCGAACUUUCAUUUCAAUGAAUAUGAAAUGAAUACAUCUUCUAAGAACGUUGUUAUGAAAUUUUGUAUUUUUCCACUAAAUUCUAUCCCAUAAUUUAUUUUUUAAAAUUUUCUACAAAUUCGAAAAAAUUCGACCAAAGUUCAAAAUUGUCUCAAAAUUCAAAGUUCGACUAGUCGAACUUUUUUCACACGGACUGUUGAUUUAGUAAUUGGCCUGAAAAAAAAUUGUUUAGAUCUACGUAAAUUUUAUUUUUAUUUUAUAAAUCAAUGUAUAUGUGCAAAGAUCUACAUAUAUAGAUUUAGGUUGAUCUCUAUAGAGACAUAAGUAGAUCUGAAAGUUUGACACAUGACAAGAUCUAAGUAGAUUUAAUUUGUUCGACCGUUGAUCACCAUUUACCUGUAAUGUCAAUUGAUCUAGAUCUUUUUAAACGUAUUAAGAUCUAUGUAGUUUUUUGUAGAUCUAAUUAAUUCUCUUUGUUAUUAAACCCAAGAAAAAAAAUUAGAAUGUAGUAGAUCUAAUUUUAUUAAAAAUUUUUAAGAUCUAUGUAGAUCUGUGAUUUAUGUAGAUCAAAACCAAACCUUAGAUCUAGGAGAUCUAUAUAAAUCUAAACAGAUCUAUUGAUAUCGAUGUAGGUUUCAAAUUAACACUCAGAUCUAAUCAGAUCUCGUUAGAUCUAAAUUAUUUUUGCCAAAAGAUCUAUAAAGAUCGAUGUUUAUCCUUAUUGAUCUUGAUAGAUCUUUAUAGAUUUCAAAAGCUGAUCGAACAAUUUUUUCAGGUGAAUGAGUAAAAAAAAUUUUCAAAUUAAUAAAUUAUAAAUAGCGAAAUAAUAAAUAAAACGGUAAUGUUUUUUAUACAUAUAUAUAAAAUGUAUACAGUAUUUAUGCAUAAGUCACCGGCAUCUAAAAAUAAUUUAUUUGUAUUAUAGCAUGAUAUAAAAAUAAUAAGUAAUUGUAAAUAAUUUAUUUAGAUAUUCAAAGUGCUAAUAUGUCUUUCGAUGUAGUACACAUGAAUGUAAUAAUAAUAAUAAUAAAUAUA